AUGUAUCAGCGAUAUCAAGAUACAAUGGCUCUGGUCCAAAAGUAUGGAAAACUUGAUCUUUUCCUUACAAUGACCUGCAAUCCAAAUUGGCCUGAAAUUAAAGCUGAGUUACUACCUGGACAGUCACCACAUGAUCGUCCUGAUUUGCUAACAAGAAUAUUUCAUUCGAAAUUUGAUGAGAUGAAGACCGACAUUCUUACAAAACAUGUACCCGGGAAGGUUCUAGCAUAUGUAUAUGUUAUUGAGUACCAAAAAAGAGGCUUACCACAUGCCCACAUGGUCGCUAUUUUGGAUGAAAAUGAUAAAUUAUGCACUCCUGAUGAUUAUGAUAACAUUGUCAGAGCUGAAAUUCCAUACAAGAAAUUAGAGCCUAGAUUAUACAGUGUAGUUCUCAAACACAUGAUACAUGGCCCAUGUGGAAUGUACAAUGAACGGUCCCCGUGUAUAACAAAUGGCCGGUGCAAAAGAUGUUUCCCAAAGCCAUUUUCUUCCAUUACUACACUUGGAAACGAUUCAUAUCUUGUUUAUCGAAGAAGAGAAAGGGAGUCAGUUCCUUUAGAGAGUAACCUAAGCGUCUUGGUGGAUAAUAAUUGGGUCAUUCUGUACAACUCAUGGUUGCUCUUAAAAUAUGAUUGUCAUAUCAAUCUUGAAAUUUAUAGUAGUGUUACAAAUGUGAAGUAUUUAUACAAAUAUGUUUAUAAAGGGCCUAGCCAUGUUGCACUAGAAGUUCGUCAAGGUCCUAAUUAUGAUGAAGUACAACAGUUCAUAGAUGGAAGAUGGGUUUGUGCUCCAGAAGCAUUGUGGAAAAUAUUCAAAUUCCCAAUGACCAAAAUGACUCCUAGUGUAGAACGCCUCCAAAUACACUUACCAAAUAAGCAGCAAGUGAGGUUUUAUACGUUUCAAGACAUCACAAAUGUUUUGGGCGAUGAGUAUUAUUCCAGAACAAUGCUUACCCAAUUCUUUCAUUUAAAUGUUGAUGAUGAAACUGCAAAUCGGUACUUAUAUUGA